AUGGGCCCCCGUACCGCCUCCUCAUGCUGCUGCCAGGCCCGUAAUCUGCCAUGGGCCCCCGUACCGACUCCUCAUGCUGCUGCCAGGCCCGUAAUCUGUCAUGGGCCCCUGUACCGCCUCCUCAUGCUGCUGCCAGGUCCAGAGUGUCUCAUGGGUCCCUGUACGGCCUCCCAUUGCUGCUGUCUCCAUCGCCACACUCUGCCAUGUGCCACUUUCAGGUCUCCUCACACUGCUGGUGGGUUCCAUUUUGUCAUAGGGUGCUGUAUGGCCUCCCAUUGCUGCUGCCUCCACCGCCACACUGUGGCUCCACACUCUGGUUUUGGCCCCGUGACUGCCCAAAUGAGUGAAGUGUGCGGUGAUUCUAAGAUCGACGGCACUCAUCUGCAUGUCAUACUGACUGACAGUAUUAUUUCUCUUCCCCAGCAGACUCCAAGGGCAUGUAAAUUAAAGGUACAGUGUUCUGCACUAAUAUAA